AUUUCCCAAAAAAUAGGUAGGGAGGGAGAAUGGAGACGACCACCGAGCUCCCAUGGGACCUAAUCGUGCAGAUCCUUUGCCGAUUACCUCCGAAAGAUCUGCUGCGCUACAUGUGCGUAUCCAAGUCAUGGUGCUCCCUUAUCAACGGCCCUGAUUUCAUCAAUCUACACCUCAAGCACACUCCGGAAUUUCCUUCCCAAUUCGGGUUCGUGUUCGGAGACAACAAAGAUCUCUACUGGACUGCCUCGAACGACCUCGACUCUUUCGUUCGACUCACUUGCCCAAUAGACUUAGGAACUGGGGUCAGCGUUCUCGGAAGCUGCAAUGGAUUGCUUGCUGUUAUGAACCGCAAUUCGGAUAUGGCGAUUUGGAACCCUUUCAGUCGAAGGUACAUCAAUUUACCUGUCUCUGAUCAUUUCCAGUCUAUUCCCGAGCAUGAAAUCCAUGUUUUUCUCGCCGGAUUUGGACACGACCCGGUCACUGACGACUAUAAGUUGAUCAUAUUAAUCGACCCUAAUGAGCGUUUAACUGAUACUAUUCACGGUGAGGUCAAGCUUUAUAGUGUAAACGACAAAUCGUGGAAAAAAAAUUGAUGAUUUCCCAAAACACUUUGAUUACAAUCGUUUCAAUGGUGUCCUUUGUGGCAAUGCUUUGCACUGGCUGGUAAGUUCCAGGCGUGAUGAUUCUUGGUUGAUUUUGGCCUUUGAUCUUGUUACUGAAUUUGCCCGGGAGAUUCAGCUUCCUGAAAACCAUUGUACUCCUCUGCAGCUUGUGAAUCUAGAAGGUUCACUUUGUGCUUUAAUCUUAAAUGUUAGAAUUUCAUGUUUUGAGGUGUGGGAGAUGAAGGAAUAUGGGGUCAAGGAAUCUUGGGCUAUAUUGUCUCCUCUUCCACCCCCCUUGUACGAAUUCCCGUUUUUCAAGAAUGGUUAUCAUGUCUUGUUUCAUAGCUGUAAAAACCUAUUCCUCUAUGAUAUCAAAACAGAGGUUUUUUACCUAAGGGAGACCGCAGGUUCAGAUUUUCCCAGAAUUUGUCAUGCCCUUGUUUGUGUUAAGAGCCUGGUGGGACUUCAAUUUAGAGAAAGUACUUCAAAUGGGAAGGAGCACGCUGCUACACAGUGAGAUGAUUUCCUAUCCAAGGGAUAAAAAGAGAUGAUUUCCUAUCGAAGGGAUUUAAAUUGGGUUUAUAAAGUGAAGCAAGGCAACAAAAGCUCCCAUUUUGGUUACAGGAAUAGAGCUGAGUAUUCUGGGAUAUUCAAACAUGGAUCAAAUGAAUCAUGAUGAAAUUCGAACAUUUUGCUACUGAUAGUGAUUUGUUUUGACAUUAGUUAUAGUUUAUGUUCCCCUGAUGACUCUUGUCUGUCGCUGUUUGCAUAAGUUUGUUGUCAAGAUUUUGUGGGAGUAGAAAUGCUUUUGAAAAACAAAGGAGAAGUGGAGAACUUGAAGUUGCACUCUAUUUUUGGGUGACAACUGACAAGUAGUAUUUGACUUUUACCAUAUUUUCAAAAUCAUUAAUGUAUUUAUUUCAAGUAAUUAUAAAAUCGUUUGAAUUUGCAUUUCAUUUUUUCACAAGUUUUGGAUUAAUGUGGUACACACAUUAAUGUUUGGGAAAUUCUAUGUGGCCCUAAUUAAAAUUAAUUAAUUAUAUAUAAAUUUGGAUAAUAUAAGGUGAAUGAAGUACUCUGUAUAUGUGUAGUUUAGUUUGCAGGAGGUCCUUUUGAUCUGGUUAGAGGAACAAGAUAGUUGGCUUGGGUGGGGUAAAUAUGGAUAGGAGAUGGUGAUCAGAAUGAGUACGCAGGUAUGGAGCAGAUUUUUUUUUAGUGCAAAUCAAAGACAACAGGGAUAUAAUAGACAAAUUGUUUACAUUUAAUUAAUUAAUUUUAAUUAGGGCUGUGCUUGGUAAAAUUGGGGUUGCAUUUAGGGUGCGAUGUUUUUAAUAUGGGUUGCAAGAUCCAAUAUCCUUUAAAAUAUCAGAUACGUAGUCAAAUUUUCCAAAAAAUAAUACCUAAAUUCAUUGUGAAAGAUGGAUGAUGACAAUGGCGACUGCUAACUUCUCCAGACCGACUACUGCGAGGAUUUGUAUAGAGCUUGAUGUGUCCAAAAAAUUGCCCCAAAAAUUUGGAUUGACAAUUGCGAUUUAGGCUUUUUUCAGUCAGUUCAUUAUGAAAAAAUGCCAACUUUUUGCAAUCUGUGCUCCCGGUUUGACCACUACGACACAAAUUGCCCCCGGGCAAUGUAAAACAUGGAACCAACACCAAUGAUGCAGCAGCUUGCUGAGGUUAAGUGUACUAAGGUUAAAACUAAUACUGCUCCUGCUAAGAUAUCUGCUGCCAAUGUUGAUGAUUUGUUUACCAAGUGUGUUAAUACUUCCAUUAAUUGUGAUCCAGUUGUUGCUGGUAUCAGUGAUACUACCGCUGCUACUUUGGUUAUUGCUGAUGCUUAUGUUCCCGUUGUUACUUAUAUCUCUGAUGAUUCUGUUCCUCUGAUAGUUUCCGAUGCUUGUGCUACAGCUUCUGUUGCUUGUGCCUAUGUAGAUGCUGCUGGUGUCGCUGGUAGCCCAGCCAGUGGCGCCCCAUCUGCAAAUUUGGAUGCCUUGAAUUUGGUUGCAAGUGCCCGAGUUGAAGCUCAGGUUGCUGGUGUUACUGGUAGCAAAACCAGUGUUGCCCGAUCUGUUUUUUUAGAUGCCUUGAAUGCCAAUGCUGAUAUCUCUUUGCUUGCUAGUGGUCCUGUGGAAGCUGAUGUUGCUGGUGGCACUGGUAGCACAACCAGUGUUGCCCCAUCUGCUUUUCCUGAUGCCCUCAAUGCAAAUGUUGAAUUGUUUGCAAACAGCCCUGUGAAAGCUGAUGUUGCUGGUGACACUGGUACCACAACCAGUGCUGCCCCAUCUGCUAAUUUUGAUGCUUUGAAUGUUAAUGCUGAGUUCUCUUUGCUUGCUAGUCAUUUAAAUAAAGUAGUACUACUUGGUAAUGUUUAUCAACACAAGAGGCACAUUAAAAGAAAUGUCCAAUAUACUAUUUCCGUU